GUGGAGUUCUUCUCCUCUGCCUGUCCGCCUUUGCGGAUUCCUCCCCUUCCCAGCCUCGUCUGCUCUUCUUCUCUCCCUGGCCCCAGAGACGGCGAGCGGGACACAAUAAGGGAGGCCUACUUGCUUCGCCUCCUCAUCCUCGUCGGCGGUCUCACCGACGGCCAACGGGGCGCAGCCAGGGACUCCUCCUACUCGUGCUGUACUGCCGUUUACUGUUAUCUUUUCUUUUCUUUUUUGGGUGCGGCGAAUCGGAUAGCUAAACAGAAAUCUCUGGAUUGGAAACAAAUCUAGGCUUCCUGAAUUCUGUUUCAUGCAAAGGAUAGUGGGGCAGGGCAAGUCGAGUCAUGGGUAAGUUCGAGCACGGCAAUCUACUGCUAUCUCUUAGCCAGGGACACUGGCAUGGUUACAGUCUUACAGCCGUUGCUGUUGCGCUGGGGAUAGGAGUUGCUGGGUUGUGCAGAGCGCUGAAUAGCAGUUUGGGCGUGCAAUGGUUUCUCCGGAAGUUCUCCUCCGAAUCAGAGAGGCUGUACUACACCGGAGGCCUGCAAAAUCUUGGCAACAAUUGCUUUCUCAAUGUUAUCCUGCAGGCACUUGCUAGCUGCGACCAUUUCGUCUCCUCUCUAGACGACUUACUUGGAAGUGAUGAUGUGCUACCCGAGGAACAGUCUGAAAGAAUGCCUCUUAUCCUUGCUCUAAGUUCCCUUUUAAAAGACUUGAGCACAGUUCGAGAUCAAAAAAUUGUAUUGAAUCCAGAAAGCGUAAUGCAUCCUUUGAGCUGCUAUGUUAGUCACUUCAAUUUGACCAGACAGCAGGAUGCUUCUGAAGCUUUUGUUCAUCUAUUGACAUCACUGAGGGAUGAAUUUUCCCAUUGCUAUGUACCAUAUAAGAGCUCUCUGGCAGACAUUACCAUGUUCCACUCCAAAGUAUACAAGCAAAGGGAAGGUAACCAACCUGAAUGCAAGCGCUGGAAACAAAACAUAUUCGGUCCCUUUGAUGGGACUAUUGGCAGCACAUUAUCUUGCAGAAAUUGUUCAUCUGUGCUGUCAUUGGACUUCGAGAAUUUUCACUGCUUGCCCCUCUCUCCCGUGGCUGAUAUAAAUGGAGAUAUUAUUAAUGGGUGUAGUUUGGUGGAUUGCCUGAAGCAUUUCACUGUGUUGGAGCAUCUUGACAAUUACCGUUGUGAUCAUUGUUGGCAUAAUGCUGCUGCCAAAUAUUUCUCUCUUCAAUCAGAAGUUGAUGAGGAAAAAGUUAACAAACUGCGCACCUGUGUCGACUAUGAUAGUUGCAAUUGCAAGCAUUUAUUUGGUCCAGAGAAAACAACAUGGUCAGUAUCUUCAAAAGCCACAAAGCAGUUGGCUAUCACUCGUUGUCCGAAGAUCUUGUGCAUUCAUUUGUUACGUGCUUCUAUUAGUUUUGAUGGUGAACUCGUAAAGCGUCAGGGACACGUUUCUUUUCCUUUACUUCUCAAUUUAUCCCCAUUUGCAGGAGGCACAUUCACCACUGGACAGGGACCUGGACCUUCAGCUAUGAACGUGCAAAGAUAUGACACGCCGUCUCUCCAAUUCUAUCGGCAACUAAAUGCACACAUGCCCAUUAAUAUGUUUCCUACUGGUGGGAACUCAUCAAGUCAGGCACCUAAGGAUCAAGUAACAAAUGGUGGUGUCCACUCACUUAAUGAGGGAAAUGCUGAUGUGGCUUUGAGUUCUUCCUCACCAUCGCCGUCCUCAUCAAGGAUGGAGCUGUAUAGGCUAUCAGCUGUCGUUGAGCACUAUGGUGUAUGCGGAGGUGGGCAUUAUGCAGCUUACCGGAGAGUAGUGUCAACUCCUGAUGCUAAUGAUCAAGUAGGACGUCGUCGCAAGCACUGGGUUUACGUCUCAGACGACCAUGUAUCACAAGUGUCAGAGGACGAUGUUUUGGGUGCGGAAGCCACACUCCUUUUCUACGAAAGACUAUAGCAGCAGCCUGUUGAGUAGGAGACGUUUUUGGAGAAAUUCGAUGCGGUAGCUUGUCAAGAAACGGCCCCUCUUUUAUUUGAGCAAAAUAGCUUUGGAUUAAUGAAUCAUUCAGGUCUUUCUUGUUU